AUGAUGACUGCUCGUCGUGGUGGUGGUAAGAGAAAGAGGGGCACGAACAAGGAAACUGAGAAGAAGAAUGGUAACGUGAGUAACAAGAAAUGGAGAGUGACAAAACCACAACAAGACAAAGAGACAGAGGAGUACUUAAAGAGAAACAACUUUCAACACUGUCUUGACAAGGAUCAAGAAUACAUUUUUGUCAAUGUCCCAACGGUUGUUGUCAUCGAAUCAAACACUGAGCCUUCUAAAGAGCUAGCAAUCAAAUCCCUUCAGAGCGCAACAGAAGAAGGAACCAUUACGAUGAGAACGGGACGGGUUCCUUACAUUCCAUUACAAGAAAGAGACAGACAAGUUGAGAAGACAAGCUCUCGGAUCUUUACUUUGUUCUGUAACAAUCGGAGAGCAGCUCUCAGAAACAAAAAGGAAGAACGUGUUGAGAAGUUUGAGUAUUGCCUUCCUUAUUUCUCUGAAUCGGAGGAAGAUGAUACUGAAGGGAGUAGUAGUACUGAGGUGUACAUAAUGUUCCCCUCUGACCCGCCGGUUACGUGUUUGCUGACGCAAUGUCCAAAUUUGAAGGGUUGUCUGAGGAAUUAA